GUUUCAACAGGGGGGGUAAGAUAUUUAGUGUAAUGUGGACUCACUCGGGAGCGGUGCAAUGGAACUCUGAGUUCCCCCGUCGGGGGCUUGCAAGCUACCAGUUGCUCUCCUCUCACUGGCCGACGCCGAUUAAAGACGUUGAGGCCAUUGGACAAUUGUGUUGGCUUUCAUCUUCGUCAUCAUAUACUUCGUGGUACCAUUUUCGUACUCGUUCCUUCUCAACGCCUUCCCUCAGCGCCACCUUCCCUCUUGAGGUUGAAAGUAAGUCGGAACCAAAAUUCUCAGGUUCACGUUCCGAAAGGUCAAAUGUUCCGGCUGAGUAUUCCAUUCCGGUAACUUGGACCUCGAAAGUGUAGAUGGUUUCUCUGGCACAUGUGGUAGUGUGAAAGUCGUCCCACGUUCCCAGGGUGGAAGAUCAAAGAAGCUGCCUCGCGAUGGGUCUGAUCAAUACCCCAACAGCCCUCGCAGUGGCCGUCAUCUCUUUCCUAUUAUACGCCAUCUUUGGUCAGCCAAAAUUGAAGAGGAAUGGCGUCCCAUUACGACGACCUCCCAAUACACUACCACUCGCUGGCAAUGGCAUCAUUUUCCUCAGAGACCGCCAAAAACUGUUCGAAUGGUUCACCAAGUGUGAGCAACUCUACGGCUAUGAAACGCUACAAAUAUCCGUUCCCAGUCUGCCUCCAGGGGUCAUCAUCAGCGAUCCCAAGAACCUAGAAUACGUCUUCAAGAACGAGGGCAUAUUUGCCAAGGGCGAGUUCUUCAAAGGGAGAUCUAGGGACUUGUUUGGGAACGGUAUCAUCAACGUUGAUGGCGAGUUGUGGAAAGUCCAACGAAGGGCUGGCCUCAACUUUCUCAACACUGCGAACCUGAGAGUUUUGACAGACGUAGCGCUGCCGCAGUAUCUAUCUCAGGGUGUUGCUUUCCUGGAGAGCCAGUCCGGUAAUGGCGUUGUGGACUUACAAGCUGUCUUUCACGAGAUCACGACCCAACUCAUCGGCAAAAUGGCUUACAACAUGGAAAUGCACGCAGAAGACACAUUCGGCCUGGCUUUCGACCACGCAUCUGGCGCAACUGCCGAACGGUUCCAAAAUCCACUGUGGCAGCUCACAGAAGUCUUCACCGGCACUCGUCUGAGGAAAUCCAUCUCAGUUGUCAAGUCCUUUGGACAGAGCAUAGUCUCCAGUGCGGUGAGGGACAGACGAUCGUCCCUUAAACACGAGUCUCACGUUUCAAAAGACCCGGAAAGCGACAGGCUGGACGACAUAUCCGGCAGUCUGGUCCAGUCAUUGCUCGACUCCAUUGGCGACGAGCAGCUCGUCGCCGAUGCCGCGCUGAAUUACCUCUCCGCAGGCAAGGAUACCACGGCGCAGGCUCUUACGUGGACAUUCUACCUGCUCAUGCAACAUCCCGAGGUCGUGGCCAAGAUUCGCGAGGAAGUUAACCACAUCAGAGAGGAUAGCACAGACGGGGACACCCUGGAGAAGGCCAUCGCGGAACGGGGUAACCCGAAUACGAUGCCGUACGUCUUCUCCGUCUUCUACGAAGCGCUACGCAUCUUCCCGCCGAUCCCGUUCGAGAUAAAGCAAGCCGUUCAGGCGACGACGCUACCGGACGGCACCUUUUUGCCCCAGAACUCCGUCAUUGUCUGGUGCACCUGGGCGAUGAACCGCUCGCGCAGCACAUGGGGUCCUGACGUGGACCAGUUCCGGCCGGAGCGAUGGCUGGUGGACGGGAAAGUCAUCAAUAAGAGCACCUCAGAGUUUCCGGUUUUCAACGGCGGACCGAGGAUGUGUUUGGGGAAGAAGAUGGCUGAGAUCAUUGCCGUGCAAGUGAUUGCGACUGUGGCUGGUCUGUUUGAUUGCGUGAGAGUCGAUGACUCGACGAGGGUCAGCAAGAGUAGUCUUACGUUGCCGAUGAAGGAUGGUCUGCCCUGUAUUGUACGCCGUAGACCUGAUGUCUAAGUCUAAUGAUGAAUUUGUCUUCUUCAAAUUCACUAUGCAAUUCUCUUUAGUGAUCAUUCUCGACUGCUGAAGGUAACCUGGUUGCUAUGAAUAGCAUUUACGAU